GGUUAUAUACCGAAUCUUGAAGUAGUAGGAGAUCUACUAGGAACUAGUAGACAAGUAACGUGAGUCGAUACGAUGACCGCCACGAUAAAACUCAUCGGUUACCGGUGAACCGAAUUCGCUGUUAUCUCAAACGGACCAUUAACUACAAGAUCAUUUACAGACGUAGGUCGAACGAAUUCAUCAGCGGAAUCAAGGAGGCAAUUUGGUUGAUUCGUCCCAUGAACCAAGACAAUCAAGUUAUAUUAUGAUAAUCUGACCACGAUUGUUAUGGCAGAGAGAGCUGCUCAUAGUCCACGCACCUUUCGAUGUAGGCCAGUUGCCUGUUAAUACACGACCAUGUUAGCAGUAGUCUGGCAAAUUUUGAAUACGUUCCAUCCGCGAAUAAUAUAGCAGAAUGUGCGCAGUGCAGUAAUAAAUCCGUUCCGAGACGUGGUGUUGAAAUUAUAACAACUCCACAACUAACAAGUGAAAGUAAAAACUCUAUUUGUAAAUCGCGUUAACUUAUGCUCAAAGUAAUACAACAUGUUUUCUUGAGCGCAAUACUGUCAGCUGGUUUAUGGUUUAUUCAUUUUCAACUUUCAAUCUUAAUGCAGAUUUAUUGAACUCGGUGGAAAAACAGGUUUACGGCAAUCAUCUCAAGUGAUUUUAAUCUUACCGUUGCAUGUUGAAUGUUUACCUUAACAUUUGGGGAAAUACCCUAUAAUAAUUCCUCCGCAGGGAUGUUAACUGCUCUUGAUUCAAUUCCUUUCGUAAACACUGUCUUAAGCGGACGCGCAACGAUCAAUCAGUAUGAACCUGUGCGUCAGGUCAACAAUAUUUAUAAUGAUAAUCUUCAUGGCAGCUGCUCAUGGGUAAGAAAAACCGUUCUGGUGGUCAGUAUUUAGUGAUUAAUAUGGUUCUAAGAAAAAUUAGCAUGUGGAUAUUUUGUUUCAGUUUACUGAUCGUGGGUCCCAAAUUCAUUCGACCCAAUCGAGACUACUCGGUUGUGAUCAGCAAUGUUAACACCAACCAGAGUAAGGUAGACCUGAUGUUACGGAUCGAAGGCGUUGCAGCGGACGGUAUGAACGUUCUUAAUAUAUCGAAGAAUUUUGACGUGCGGCAAAGCAUGAACCGGUUAGUUACAUUCAAGAUGCCAGAGAACUUAUCCGAUGCCAACUACAAAAUUACCAUUGACGGACUGCGUGGCUUCAGCUUUCACCAGGAAGCGGAAUUGGUGUACCUAGGGAACUCCGAAUCUGGUUUAAUACAGAUCAAUAAGCCCGUGUUCAAACCAGGCGAUACGGUUCAAUUUCGUGUAAUAGUGCUGGACGCUGAGCUGAAACCUUCUACACGGAUCGAAACAGUACAAGUGAUGAUCCGCGAUCCUCAAAACAAUUUGGUUAGGCAGUGGUCCUCGGCAAGAUUGUACGCAGGAGUAUUUGAGAAUAAUCUUCAGAUCGCGCCUACUCCAAUGCUCGGUAUAUGGAACAUCUCGGUAUUGGUCGACGGAGAAGUACUCGUGUCCAAGACAUUUGAGGUGAAGGAGUAUGUGUUGUCCUCGUUUGACGUAGAGGUGGUACCAACCGUCAUUCCUCUGGUGGAGCACCAAGGACUGAAUCUGACGAUAGCAGCCAACUAUCAAUUCGGAAAACCAGUGAAAGGGCAUGUCAAGGUGGAGCUGUACUUGGAGGACGAUAAGCGAGAUCAGGUGAAAGAGUUUGAAAUGUCCGGGAUAGGACAGGUGACUCUCCGUUUCAAUGAAAAACUGGAACUGUACAACGAUCAACAAGAUGUGACUGUAAAGACGACCUUCGUGGAGCAGUUUACAAAUCGGACUGUGGUGAAAGAAUCUCAAAUCACUGUGUACAAACAUCCGUACCGCGUGGAACUGAUCAAGGAAAGUCCUCAAUUCCGUCCAGGUCUUCCCUUUAAAUGUACGCUUCAGUUCCGAUACCACGAUGGAACACCUGCUAAAGGUGUCACCGGUAAGGUGGAAGUGAUGGAGAUUGGAUACGAAACAACUGCAACAAGUGACGAUGAAGGUUUGAUCAAAUUGGAGCUGAAUCCAAUCGACAGUAUCGACGGAAUGGACAUAAACUUUUCUAACGAUGUACAUGAUGUUUUCUUUAACGAACAAGUGAGCAAGGCGAGAGUCGACGCAAAUGCGUUCAUCAAACUAGAAUUAAAAUCUCCUAUACAUUUGCAUAGUAUGUUACAAUUUCUGGUUACAUGUAGCGAUCGUGCUGAAUUCUUCGUGUACUACAUUGUGUCGAAGUGCAACAUCAUUGAUUCCGGUUUCUUGAGGAUGCAAAAUCCGAACAAAUACGUCUUACAAUUGAAUGCCACGGAGAUGAUGCUGCCGAAGGCGAAAGUUAUCGUAGCGACUGUAGUGAACCGCACAUUGGUGUACGACUUUUUGGAAAUGGAUUUCGUAGGGCUACGUAACAGUUUCGAGUUGAGCAUAGAUAAGCAGCAUGUUAAGCCGGGACAGCAAAUCGAACUCCGAAUGUCUGGACGGCCGGGAGCGUACGUGGGAUUGGCUGCAUACGACAAAAGUUUGCUGUACUACAACGCGAACCAUGAUAUAUCCUGGGAGGACGUUAUGCAGUUGUUUGAAGGAUUUCAUGCGAUCGAUGAGAAUGAGUUUGACAUGUUUCAUAGUACAGGACUGUUCCUUAGAACGUUGGAUGACAUCAAGUUUAAUGAAGUCCACGAUAUGUCGGCACGACAUGGACUGCAGACAAGCAAUCCCAUAACUAAAUUAACCUCGUACCGGACAAAUUUUCCAGAAUCGUGGUUAUGGAAGAAUGUGACCAUUGGAGGGUCUGGAACGAACAAGAUGAUCGAGGCAGUACCGGAUACAAUCACAUCUUGGUAUUUGACGGGAUUCUCGAUUGAUCCGGAGUAUGGUUUGGGUAUUAUCAAAACCCCCAUUGAGUUCACAACGAUCCUACCGUUCUACAUUGGGGAGAGCCUUCCGGACUCCAUCAAACGAGGUGAAGUCGUCGAGUUGCAGUUUACGCUGUUUAACAAUCUUGAAAGAGAGUACAACGCUGAUGUGAUGCUCUACAACGUGUUUAAUCAGAUCGAAUUUGUUGGACGACCUCUGGAAGAUGAAAGCUACACGAAAUCCGUAAGCGUUCCUCCAAAGAUUGGUGUGCCGAUCUCAUUUCUGGUGAAGGCACGAUCACUCGGAGAGAUAACUGUACGCAUUGAAGCUACGAUCAAGUCCACUGAAGCAAAGGACGCACUGGAGAAGGUAGUCAAAGUCAUGCCGGAAAGUUUGGUACAGUCUAUGAAGGAAAACCUUUUUCUCUGCCAUGGGAAAUAUAUUAAUCAAACGUUGUCGUUUAAAUUAAACUACAACGAAUAUGCUGACAAAGGUUCGAACAAAAUAGGGUUCCGAUUGAAUCCCAAUACGCUUGUUUCAUAUAUCAUAAAUAAUUUGCUUGAGCUGGUUGUCGAAUCGGUUGGUAAUGGAGAGCAGAAUAUGGUCAAGUUUGGAACAAACUCAAUGGUGCUCGACUACAUGCACGCUAUUGGUUCGAAGGAUCAAAUUCUGAUUGAUAAAGUAAGAAAUCUGGCACUCCAAGGCUAUCAAAAUCAGAUGCGUUAUCGUCAGACAGAUGGUUCAUUUGGUGUGUGGCAAAAUGAAAGUGGCAGCAUGUUUCUUACCGCUUUCUUCGCUAAAUCGAUGCAAACUGCGUCGAAAUACAUAGCCGAGGUUGAUGUGGCUAUGGUCGAGAAGGCUUAUGAUUGGCUUGCUUCGAAGCAACACAGCUCUGGAAGGUUCGAUGAGGUCGGUUCGAUGAUCAACAAAGAUAUGCAAGGUGGUCUGGGUAACGGCAUUACAUUGACCUCGUUUGUGGUGACAGCGUUUCUAGAGAACGAGAAGGCCAAAAUGAUUCACGCGGAAGCGAUCCAAAAGGCAAUGAAGUAUCUAAAUUUGAAUUUGGAAGACAUCAACAAGCCUUACGAUCUGUCCAUGGUUACUUAUGCUCUUCUGUUGUACGGACACAGCAUGAAGUUCAGUAUGUUUUAUAGGCUCGAGUCUAUGUCUAUCCUUGCGAAUUACGGCGAAGAACGAUACUGGAACACGACCAACAGCAUAGAGACUACCGCUUACGCUUUGUUGUCAUUUGUAACGGCGCAGCAAUAUUAUAAUGGUAUUGCGGUGAUGCGUUGGUUGGUAAAUCAACACUACGGUACCGGAAGCUUUGCACAUGCGCAGGAGGUCUUUAUGGGGCUGACGGCAAUGACAAAAUUGAUGGAAAAAAUAUCUCCCUCACAAAACGACUACACCAUACAGCUACAGUAUGGAACGACAACGGAACUUUUUCGCGUAUACUCGCAGGAUAGCCAAAAUAUAGACUACGAACUGUCGGAAUCCCCAAAUCUAUUAGAAGUCCUCUUUACUGGUAAAGGUACUGGAUCACUGGAGUUGAGCUAUCAGUACAGUUUAAAUCUAUUGAAUUUCCCACACCGUUUCAAACUGGAUCUGGAGAAACAGAAUGCAACAUCUGACGACGAAUUAAGGCUGAAGGUGUGUGUUAGCUUCAUUCCGAGCUCGAGAAUCGGAGUAUCUGAGAUGGCAAUGAUCGAGGUGACUUUCCCUAGCGGGUUCGUUGUCGAUCAGAAUCCCAUCAGCGAGCAGACUUCCAUUAAUCCCAUACAGAACACCGAAAUUAGGUACGGCGGCACAACCGUUGUUGUGUAUUACAACAACAUGGGCAUCGAGUGGAACUGCUUCACCGUGACGGCUUACAGACGGUUGAAGGUAUCGAUGAAGCGUCCAGCAUAUGUGGUCGUGUAUGAUUACUACAAACCAAAAUUGAAUGCCAUUAAGUCGUACGAAGUGGAUGGCAAGGAUGCAUGUGUUGUCUGCGAACAAACCGAUUGUGCAAAGGAUUGUUGGAAAGAAUAAAAUUUUAACAAUUAAAAAUGAAUUCCCGAGCAAAAAUCAAACAUAAGAUAAAAUGCCAAAGCUACAGGAUAGAACAGAUCAGAACAUGAAGAACAGAACAGAAGAACAUGAGCAACAUGUAAACAACACUUGAGUUUCAAAUUUUAAGGACAAGAGAAUGGAUAAAAAACAAAAGAGAGAAAAUCAGAAGUAAGUUGGGAAGAGAGUUUAGCAUAUGAUUUGAUUGUUUAAUUAUUAAUCAUCCAAUCUUUUCUACCGAAUUGAAUAAGUAUGCAAAACAGGCAGCCGUUUAAAGACUCAAUGGCGUUGACUCUCAGUCGGAACUUGGAUUUGUUUUCGAUUAAUAUUUGCUUAGGGAAUAAUACCCGGUCCUGUCGUGUGGAACCAGCGCCGUUUAUCACAUACACCACCGGAUCGCCCUUAAAGGCACCAAAGUCUCUAUCUCUCUAAGCCAUCAUACCAUAAAGUUACAGGCGGAAUUUUUUUCUGUUUAAUUCUGUUGCCGAAUAAUCAUGUGACAUCAUCAAACAUGUGAAAAUGCUCCUCUCGGAAGCGUUUGGUUUUGUUUUUGUUUCAUUUUUUAAGAAUUCCCCUUUCUUGUGCGCAUCACAGGAAACUAUUGUUGGUUCAUUUCUGGUUUCAGGUUUACGUCAAGUG